AUGUAUUACAAUUUUAUUCCCUCUGGCACUUUGCCUUCAGCUUGCGCCUCUUCGAUAAUUGUUUUGUACUCCUUGAUAACCAUCUCAAGGGCAAUGACACGUGCAUUAUUUUUGAUUGCCAUUACUCUUCCGUUUCCGAUCCAGUUAUCGUCUUGGUUUUGGUACGCAAGGUUUAAGUAUUGUUGUAAGUCGUCAAGGGUGAAGUCAGGAUCUUGUUUGAUUCUGUCCAUGAACAUAUUCAAGACCUUGUCAAAUUGCUCGUCAAACAACUCUUGCUCCCAUUCGGACUCUGGUACACUCAUUCUGCCUUUUAUAGUUUUUUCUUCUUUUUAUUCGAAUAUCUCGAUCUUCUCAUCAUCUUAUUUUCCUCGAUUUUCUCCACAUUUCAAUGUUCCCUUUCCACACUUUUUGAUCUCCUCAUUUCUCGGGCAUUAA